CAACCAGAAAGCCAAGAUGGCGGCCUCCGGGAAGCAUUUUGUCGAAAAACUUAAAACAUUCUAGAAAAGGAAGCUACGGUGUUAACAUGCCUCCAUGUGUUCUCUUCUAGCUGACUUCUAAAAUUGUCAACAUGAUCCUGUCUCGCGUGAAGCCCGCCGUGGGGGGCGAGACGGCGGCCAGCGUCAGCGUGAAGAAGAAAAACAAAAGCAAAGUUCCCAGUUUGGAGGAAUAUCUACAGCAGAGAGACUACCUUGGAGCAUUGACCCUUUUGGAGUUCCAGAGAAAUAUUGGCGAGCAAGAGGAGAACGCAGACCUCUGGAUUUGCUUCUGCGCCUUUCACUUGGGAGAUUACAAGAGAGCUAUGGAGGAGUACAAAGCACUGACCGCAAAGCCCGAGUGUCCUCCUGAUGUGUGGGUCUAUCUCGGCUGCGCCAUGUUUUUUCUGGGCCUCUAUAAGGAGGCUGAGGAGGCUGCGUUGAAAGCGGCGAAGUGCCCCCUCCAAACCCGACUCCUCUUCCACUUGGCUCAUAAGUUCAGUGAUGAGAAGAAACUUAUGGACUUCCACCAGAACCUGGAAGACGUGACGGAGGACCAGCUGAGCUUGGCCUCCAUCCACUACAUGCGUUCGCACUACCAAGAGGCCAUCGAGAUCUACAAACGCCUUCUCCUGCAGAACAUAGACUUGCUGGCGAUGAAGGUGUACGUGGCCCUGUGUUACUACAAGCUGGGCUACUACGACGUGUCGCAAGAGGUGCUGGCGGCGUACCUUCAGAACAUCCCCGACUCUACCAUCGCCCUCAACCUCAAGGCCUGCAAUCAUUUCAGCCUAUACAACGGCAAAGCAGCCGAGGCUGAGCUGAAGAACCUCAUCGACAUCUCCUCCUGCUCCUUUGAGUUUGCUAAGGAGCUUAUUAGACACAACCUGGUGGUGUUUCGCGGUGGCGAGGGCGCAUUACAGGUGCUGCCCCCUCUGAUCGACGUCAUCCCCGAGGCUAGACUCAACCUUGUCAUCUACUACCUGAGACAAGAUGAUGUACAGGAAGCUUACAACCUCAUCCAACAUUUAGAUCCUGCCACGCCUCAGGAGUAUAUUUUGAAAGGGGUGGUCAAUGCCGCACUGGGGCAACAGCUUGGAACGAGGGAUUACUUAAAAGUCGCGCAGAAGUUCUUCCAGUUGGUCGGAGGCUCAGCCAGCGAGUGCGACACUAUUCCUGGCAGACAGUGCAUGGCUUCCUGCUUCUUCCUCUUGAGAGAGUUUAAUGACGUUCUCAUAUAUCUCAACUCAGUCAAGGGUUACUUCUAUAACGACGAUUCAUUUAAUUUCAACUAUGCGCAGGCCAAGGCAGCCAUUGGCAACUUCAAAGAAGCGGAGGAGAUUUUUCUUCUGAUUCAGAGUGAGAAGAUCAAAAGUGACUACGUAUACCUCAGCUGGCUGGCACGCUGCUACGUCAUGAACCAGAAGGGUCGCCUCGCCUGGGAGCUGUACUUGAAGAUGGGCACUUCCUCUGACUCCUUCAGUCUGCUCCAGCUCAUCGCCAAUGACUGCUACAAGAUGGGCCAGUUCUACUAUGCGGCCAAAGCGUUUGAUGCACUGGAGAAGCUGGACCCAGGCUCCAACUACUGGGAGGGCAAGAGAGGGGCAUGCGUUGGCAUCUUUCAGCUCAUUUUAGCCAACAAGGAGUCCAAGGAGACGCUUAAGGAGGUGGUGCUGCUGCUGCGCAAUUCCGGAAACCCGCAGGUGGAAUACAUCAUCCGAGCCAUGAGGAAGUGGGCCAAAGACAACAGAGUUUUCCUCUCGUGACCGACUGCUGCGUCUCGUGUGAACGCUGCGCGCACCUCAGCUGUCCGCAUGUCACAAUCGAUACAUGUUUCAAGCUAACAUGGUUAUAUCUGGUAUGCUGUUUCGUUUUGUACUGAAUAGACUGUGUUACUGCCGGUAUUGUUUUUUUUUUUUUACCAAAUAAUAUAGCUGAAUUUCAAUUCUGAGGACCAAAAACAUUUUAUUAUUAUCGUUAUUAUUGGUACCUCUGAAUGACUUUGAUGAGAAGAUGAAAAUCAAGAAGAAAGAAAAGAAACUAGUGUUGGGUAUAUGGAAAUAAAAAAAUGACAAAUACUUUA